AUGAAAACGCUCCGGUCCAAGUACCGCUCACUCAUGGACACUGUCGAACACUCUCAUGAUAUCCGGGAGGAUUCAUCAUCGUUGCACACGCUAUAUGCAACUCCGCCAGGAAAAAUGCGGUCCAUCACGUCGCACACGACCAAUAGGUACCACGACUCGAAAAGAAUGAUCGAGGCGUACAUGAGGGAUAUUUCGCCCGCGAUGUUCUCUCUUUCGGAUGGAGAUCACGAGCAAUCCGUUCCCCCUUUCCCGCGGCGACACUGGACACCGCACAUCCAUCCCGAGGGAAAACUAUACUUCGUCCGCGAGUACCAGGACUCGCAUACCAUCCGCGUCGUGACUGAAACCCACCUACUCGCUCCCUCCCCCGAUUUGGCGGGCAUAUGCGACUCGUGGAUCGAGUACAUCCAAACACGACUCGAGCAGAUCGGGGUCCGCAUCACGCCGCACUUGGAGCUGUUUAUUCAGCUCGAGGGCGUCCACAUGUCGGACUGUGCCCAUUAUCUCGUUGAUCAUCUGAACAAAGUCCAGUUCUGGUUCGAGCCGGUGAACACCGAGGUCUUGGGCUUGCCUCCUGUCGUCUCCGACUCCCAGCUCAAGCUCGCGUUGUGCGAAUUGUACUGGUCACAUGUCGAGCAUUUCCCCAUGCACAUCGCCCCGCAGCCAAUAAGCGUCUUGGAAAAUCUGAUCAGCGUGAUGAAUCACGGAUUAUGCGGAAACCUCUCGGAAGGAUACACAACCUGGACCUUGGCUAGAUUGUGGACUGUUAUAUACCGAAACAGAAUUCUCAACUUCCACGGCGAGGACUGUGCCCGGCUUUCACGUGAUCAAUAUGUGCUUUAUCCACGCACGAGAGCUGGAUGGAGCGAAAACGUGCUGAAGGUUUUGACUUUCGGUAUCUGGAAUGACUUUGUCGCGCGAUUAGACGAUGUGUUUGUCGAUCACGUGGUUCAUGUUCACCUUUGGAAGGGGUUGAUUGUGGAUUGUCUGGCGGAAUGGGAGAGCGCAUCGCAUGCGGCAAGUACCACCUUUCGAGAGUGUAUUUGUUUCGUAACUCUUUUGACAGUCCUUAGCAGCGCUGUUGUUGCACGCGCCAUUCUUACUGAUGCCACUGAGUCUACCACCUGGUGCUGCCCUCACUAUAUCUGUAUUGCUGCAAAGCUCAAGCCUCUUGUGCUCCAUCGUCCUCAAACUCCAAUAUCAGUCGAUGGAGAGGUACACUGCCGACGAAGCGCUCCGAUAUCUCGAAAGGGCGCACUCAGAGACACUGCAGUUCCGGAUUCUGGCAGCGGCGUUCUCACUUCCAAGGCUGCUAUUUCUCUACGGGUGUUUGAUUCUGGUGUUCAACUGGUCGGUGGUCGCAGCUCAAUGCUUGGGUCUCGUGGCGGGUGUCUUUGCGUUGGGACUGAGUAUCGCCGUUCCAAUGGUCCUGUGGCUUGCCAUUCUGAAGCCACGGACGCAUGUCUCGCUCGGUUGGCUGAAGUGUUCGAGGAGGCGGAGGAGCGUCCAAGCGCCUAUUUGAGUGCACACCAAUGUCUUUCGUGUCCACAAGUGGAA